AUGCACCGUUCAUCAUCUUCGUAUUGGUCCAUAGGCAAAAGUAUAGCGCCAAUUGGCACAGCUCGGGUCUCUCAUGUGUCGAAUGCCUCUAUAUUUCAGAUAGCCAAUACUCGUCGCUUCUCUUCGCCCACAGAAGCCCGAGCGAAGCGACAAAAUUUUGAUCGGGACGUCAUUGUGUCUGUCCUAGAGUCCACGGCCACAAGGCGAGAUGCCAAGGGUUACCUCCAAAAAUAUACAGCACCAAAGCCUACUUCUAUAGUAGCAGCAUCGAAGCAAGUUGAGCAUCAGCACAAGCCUCCUGCGAGGCAACUCCAAGCUCAGCCGCCCUUCAAUGUCGCCAUUGUGGUUCUGCGGAAUCCCCAAAAGCUACAGCCGGACAUAGUCAAGGGAAUAGCCAAGACCCUAACUCAACUUCGGAGCCUUGGUCUGACGAGCGUCGUCGUUGUGGAUUGUGACAUGGGCGAGAGCCGUUCUACUUUUCAAUAUGAAGCUUUGAGGCUUUGCGAAGCUGUUGAUUCCUUUGGCAAACCAGGCGCCCGACUGGUCGAAAACUUACUUGUCGGUACUUCUCAUUUUCGAAGUUCCACCCCUUCUCCGUUUUGGGAUGAUAUACAGGUUCAGGACUAUGGCAUCUUGAACCGCGCACUUCAACAUAAUAUGAUAGCAGUCAUCCCAUCCCUUGCGCGAAACGAUGAGACCAUGUCCCCUGUGCCUGCUGAUGCUCAGAGAACCGCCCUGGCAUUAACAAGGUACUUUACGGGGCUACAGUUCGAGGAAGAUUCAAGCCACAGCCAAGGUGGAAGUCAUGGAGGAGCCAAAGAGCCUCUUGCUUCCGUCGAAAGAGUCAUUAUCCUCGAUCCGUUCGGGGGAAUUCCCGUGAUUGGUCGUCCUGAUGUCUACCAGAGAUUCAUCAAUCUUGAACAGGAAUACAACACAAUCCUGGAUCACCUCGACGGUGGUGAUGAUUCAUCGAAGGCAGCGGGAGACAGUCGAAAUUGGGGUGCUUCUGCUGCCCACGCAAGAAACCUCAAGUUAGCAAAGGACACUCUAUCUCUCUUACCCGAGGCAGCUUCCGUUCUUAUAACGACUCCAUUCGCUGCAUCCAAUACUUCAUCGGCCUCCUCAGGACUUUCUCCUACGCGAGACAGCGAAUACCAGUUUGGUUUUGACGGCAUGGUCAACACUCGCAGAAAACAAAAUCCUCUCCUUCACAAUCUUCUUACCGAUAAGCCAGUAUACUCCCCCUCGUUGCCAUUGCAGCGCAUCCAAUCUCCCGAAUUGGCGUUUUCAAAUACAGGAGAGUCAAUCAGCGCAACUCUAGUCAAGCGAGGCUUGCCAUUGACCAUCUACCCCGACCCGAGAAUCUCCCCAUGGAGACCAGCGGCGCCCGGCGAGCGACGUCCGCAGCUCACUGACAAGUCCAUUGAUCUGCCACGGCUGGUCACACUAAUUGAAGAUUCUUUUGGCCGCAAGCUAGACGUUGAAGAUUAUCUGCGACGGACAAAUGAGAGCUUGGCAGGGGUGAUCAUUGCGGGAGAAUACGAGGGGUGUGCUAUUCUCACUUGGGAGAGACCGAAAAGCAUUGAUCCUCAAACGGCAUAUGACGAGGGGCGUUACGUCCCAUACCUCGACAAAUUUGCUGUUCUUCGAAGCCGGCAAGGAAGUGGUGGGGUUGCCGACAUCGUCUUCAACGCCAUGGUCCAAGACUGUUUCCCUGACGGCGUGCUUUGGAGAAGCAGGAAAGACAAUCCUGUGAAUAAAUGGUAUUUUGAGCGGUCGGUGGGAACCAGUAAACUUUCCGAUUGCAACUGGGCCAUGUUUUGGACAACGCUAGAGCUGAGUAGUAAGAGUCAAAAACUUGGAGAUUAUGAGGAAGUGUGUAGAGAAAUCAUGCCAUCCUGGGCAGACAGUAUUCGAAAACCAGCAUAG